UGGCGUGGUUUUCUCAUGGAUGUGUUUGUUAAUUCAUGGGAACGUUUUUUUUUUAAUAAGAUAAUAUAAAAAUGAUAAAGAUAACAACUAUAAAAUGAAACUUUACUUUAAAGCCUUAUAAUUUCACACAGCGCAGCUAUCACGCCCUAGAAGCCUAUUGACAGUUUUACUUAGUGUUAUAACAAAAAAACACAGCAUUGUAUCCACACUAGAGCAUAAAUUGUUGAUGUCACUACACAUGAAACGUUACCUGAGGGGUAGAAUUACCCGCUGGACAGCCAGGGCCUCUUUCCUUUCCUGGUGCUGCACAGAACACCAGGGAACAAAUAACCAGAAGACGGUUCUCCCUCUGCAUCUGUGAAGUGGUUUCAAACUGUAUUUAGGCGCUGACGGCAUUCAGUAAUGUCAACGCUGUCUUUUGAGUCGCUCCGCUUAAAAGAGGACGAUUGUACACCCUCAACUCAGCCGCAGGCCAUGGAAAAUGAUUUUGACACGGACUUGGAGUCGGAUGAAAACGAGGAGAGCGACAAGGAGGUUUCUGUACCUGACGUGUACCUCCAGGCCUGCAAGCUGGUGGGCGUAGUGCCGGUCUCCUACUUCUUACGAAACUAUGACUCUGCAGCCAUGGACCUCACACACCACGGGCUGGGGCCUUUGGGCUGCAAGGCGCUUGCUAUUGCUUUAGUGGCUGAUAUGAAUAUCAACUCUCUGGAACUUGGAGACAAUCACAUUCAAGCAGAGGGAGCCAAAUACCUUGCGGAGAUGCUGAGGGCUAAUUUCACCAUAACACACCUGGAUUUAUCCAACAACUGUCUGAGGUCCGCAGGAGCUGAGCAUGUAACUAAUGUGUUGCUGAACAACAUUUCAUUAAAAUCUGUCAAACUUUCAGGAAAUGGAUUUACUGACGAUGAUGCAAAAUAUUUUACAGAUGCCCUGUUGACCAAUUCCAGAAUUAAGGAGCUGGACCUGAGCCACAAUGAGUUUUGUGGAAAAGGCGGGGAACAGUUGGGACAGUUGUUGGCAAACAACGAGGGUCUCGAGGUGCUGAAUCUUAGCUGGAACCAUUUUCGAAUGAAAGGGGCUGUGGCUCUUUGUGCUGGACUCAAGGUGAACAUGACGUUAACGCACCUCGACCUAUCGUGGAACGGUUUCAGUAAUGAGGGCGCCCUGGCCAUGGGAGAGGCCCUCAAAUUCAACAACACUCUGGUGCACCUCAAUCUCAACAACAACCGCAUCACCAACGAGGGCGUCGGCAUGCUGUGCAGGGGUCUUGAGUUCAAUGACACGCUCCAAGUCCUACUGCUGGCUUUCAACACGUUAACAGUAGAGGGAGCACUGGCCCUGGUCAAUGUGGUGAAGAACACCCCUAGAACUGCCCUGGAAGAGAUCAACAUAUGUAAUGUGCAGGUGAAUGAGACCUUUGUGCGUCUGUUGGAGGUCACAUGUCAGGAGCAUCGCGCUCUGGAUGUACGGUUUGGAGGAGUAAGAGGCUUCAUUGCCAAAAAGCCACCAAAACGUGUUGAUCCAAUGAAAGUCAUUCAGGACUAUUUGGAUCAACGCAAGCUUCGCCUUUGGGAUUUCUUUAGGAACAUUGACAAAGACGGCACAAUGAGAGUCCCUGUUGCUGACUUCAGGAAGGCGGUGCAGCAAUCAAGUAUCCCGUUGGAUCGAUACCAGAUCGAGGAGCUCAUUCAGAGACUUGAUCGCGACGGGACGGGCAUUGUAGACUACAGGGGACUGGCGGAUACAAGGAAACAGAUGAUGAGGGAUCACCGCCGCCAGCUGAGGAAAGUGGAGUCCCGUCAGAAAAAAGAGAAGCAGAAGAGCGACCGCAUACUCAGGACCUUCCAGAGCGCCGUGGAGGCCGUGACGCCGCACGGCUCCAUCGUCAUAUCUCCUGGAGGGGCCAAAGAGGAUUUAAGCGGCCCUCGGCACUUCUCCGCCACCCCUCUGAGUUCUUGGCACCACAUCGUCAUGUCCAACAGCAGCCGCUACUCCGUCACCAACCUGAGCAACGAGCUCGUCCACCUGCCCGCGUUGGGAGGCGCGUCGCCGUACCGGCCCGCCAGUUCCCCGGCCCUGCGCUCCUACUCCCAGCCCAACCUGCUGGGGGACUCCGCUCGCUCUUCUCCAGGCAAGCCCGUCUCCGCACAGGGCGUACACUCUGAUCCGGAGGUGGCCUACAGCAAGGCGAGUCCCACCGCGUUGCCCCUGACCAGGUCCCGGUCCGCUCUCGGUGCCAAGCAGCCAGCGGCUAAAGCCAAAUCCAAGAAAGCUAAGAAAAAGAAAUCCACCAAACAAAAGGAUUAAAGACUCAAGGCGCUCGAGAGUCAAGGGAUAGUAAAGCUGUAUCUAAUGUUUGAAGUGUUAUGACUGUUUUUUGACUGUUGGCUAUACUUUGUAACACAUAAUUAGGAAAUAAAGAUACAUUUGAACUAUUGA